GGCGGAGAGGAGGGGCACGGGGCUCCCGGAGAGCCUGGCGCUGGCAGCGGCUCUAGAGGUUAGGGGACCGAUGUCGCCGCUGCCGCCACCGCCUCCUCCUCCUCGCGGGCCGGAGCUGCGUCGCCCGGGCUGAGCCGCAGCCUAGCCGCAAGCCCAGCGGCCGCCGGGCGUGCCUGCAACACGGGAGGAUGGGCUGCGGCGGGAGCCGGGCCGAUGCCAUCGAGCCCCGUUACUACGAGAGCUGGACCCGGGAGACCGAGUCCACCUGGCUCACCUACACCGACUCGGACGCGCUGCCCAGUGUCGCCGCCACGGACAGCGGCCCCGAGGCGGGCGGCCUGCACGCGGGUGUGCUGGAAGAUGGCCUGUCCUCUAAUGCGGUGCUCCGAUCUGCAGCUCCAGGUGGAAUAGCCAACCCAGAGAAGAAGAUGAACUGUGGGACACAGUGUCCCAACUCCCAGAGCCUCAGCUCAGGGCCUCUGGCCCAGAAACAGAACGGCCUCUGGACCACAGAGCCUAAAAGGGAUGCUAAGCGAAUGUCGGCCAGAGAAGCCGCUGUUAAUGUUGCAGAGAGCGCCCGGCAGAUGGACAGAAGUAAAAGGGUCACAAAGAACUGCAUCAACUAGCAGUGCCUGGAGAUAGGCGCGGAUGAACUUCUUUGUGGAGUCCAGUCAAAGACUUCUGAAGACGUGGGCAUCACUUGCUGGUCAUGGAUGCCUCUGAGCAUCUUGAGGGAUGGCUUGACCAGACAACACACAGCCACCCAAGCUGUGGGGGCCUUCCUUCUCAGCUUCCUGUUUGUCACAUACAGAAAAUGUAUUGAAAAGUCCUGACCUAUGUUCACAGGUUGCUAAAAUGUGGUUUGUUUCC